UUAAGCAAUCAAUUACAGAAAACCUAAACUACUCUCUCUCUCUUUUCCUUCCCUCCUGCGCCGAACCCCCCUAUUCCCUCUUCUCCCUUUGCUGCUCGGCAGUAGCCUCUUCCCCUCUCUUCUUCCUAAAUUCUCCUAUUCCUAAUCCCUAGCUUGAUCAAUCCCUAAUUGAUCUAGCUAAUUUCCCUAAUUCUACAACCGUUAGAAACUUUGUUUCUAACAUCUGGUAUCAGAGCCUGGCUCGAGAGUGAGUUCUUUUGAGCUCUUGAACCAGGGAAAGCAGCAAUGGUAUCGACGAAGUCAAUGAAGGCGGCAGAGAAAGCGGCUCAGGCAGCCGAGAAGGGCACGGAUGCGGGUGACGUAGGGCUCGACGGGGAGUUGGAGGAUCUCACGGAGAUCGAAGGGCUGAGGAAGGUCGUGGAGACGCAGGCAGAGAGGCAGGCGAGGGUCGAGGAAGAGCUGAACGGGUUGCAGGUGCAAGCCAGAGAUCACGGCCGCACUCUCGACGCGUUGUUGGCGGCAGUGGAGGCGCUGCAGGGACAGGUGAGCAGUCUGACGGAGGCUUGGAAGAGAGGCGGGGCAGCGGUUGGAGAUGGCGAGAAGCCGCCGGAGGAGAAGGGCGCGGCGGAGGAGUCCGCCUCGGUGGCGGCGGUCGGCGGCCAGGGAGCCGAGAAGGGUUCGGCGGAAGGGGGGGGGGCAGCGGCAGGUAACCCUAGCCGACCCCCAGUUUCACGUCCGGGCCAAGUCUCGUUCGGCCCAACCAUCAAGGAUGGGCUUUUGCCUACUCCAUCGGCCCAGGAGAUGGCUCGCGCGCUUGACAAGGCCAAGAUGGCCGAGUACGUGGAUCCGGGCUCGCACGCGGGCCUAAACUUGGAGGAGCUGGUGGACCCGGAGCAGGAGAGAGAUCGCGGGCCUUGGCCCAACGAGCAGAGUGAGCUUGGCGCGGAUGGCUGGAGAGAGGAGGGCAGCUCAAUGGGUCGAGCCCAGUGGGAAGGCAGACCAGGAGGAGGCUGGAGGGAGUAGGGCCGCGGGUGGGAGCCGGGCCGAUCGGGAGCAACAGGCCGAAAUCAACCCGGGCGGGGUGA